AACAGAGGGUGCCCUCCAGGGCCGGAUUGGACCCUGCUUCGUGGGAGGCGGGACUCAGGGCUAGCGGAUGGAGGGGUAUUUAAGACCGUGCUCAAUUGGAGGUGGCCAAGGGCAAAAUGAGCGAGAUUCAGGGCGCCGGGACCUACCCAGGCCCGGGGGACACCUCCGACCUUAAGUACCCCCUGGGAACCAGGCUCAGGGAAGCUCUCACCGAGGCUCGGUUCCAUCAGCUCUUCGGGAGCGAAGAGCUAGAGCCGGAGCGACCUGCAGAGCGCCGCUUUCCCCGGGUCUGCGGACUGUGGAGGCUGCGGGCUCGCUCCUGUUCCAGGACGGGGGCGUGGCGCCUGCUGCUGGCUCUGCUGCCCCCGCUGCACUGGCUGCCCCAUUACCGCUGGCGAACCUGGCUGCUCGGAGAUGCGGUGGCUGGAGUGACCGUGGGCAUCGUGCACGUGCCCCAGGGCAUGGCUUUUGCCCUCCUGACUUCCGUGCCCCCGGUGUUUGGACUCUACACUUCUUUCUUUCCCGUCCUCAUCUACAGCUUGCUGGGUACUGGGAGACACCUGUCCACAGGAACUUUCGCCAUACUUAGCCUCAUGACAGGCUCGGCUGUCGAGCGGCUGGUGCCAGAACCCCUAGUGGGGAACCUGAGCGGAAUCGAGAGGGAGCAGCUGGAAGCUCAGCGGAUUGGGGUAGCCGCGGCCAUGGCCUUCGGCAGCGGGGCGCUGAUGCUGGGGAUGUUCGCGCUGCAGCUAGGCGUCCUGUCCACCUUUUUGUCGGAGCCUGUGGUCAAGGCGCUGACCAGCGGAGCCGCGCUGCACGUGCUGGUGUCCCAGCUGCCGAGCCUCUUGGGGUUGUCUCUCCCGCGCCAGAUCGGCUGCUUCUCUCUCUUCAAGACGCUGGCCGGCGUGCUGACUGCGCUGCCCCGGAGCAGUCCGGCUGAACUGACCAUCUCGGCGCUCAGCCUGGCGCUGCUAGUGCCGGUCAAGGAAUUGAACGUGAGAUUCCGAGACCGGCUACCCACGCCGAUCCCGGGGGAAGUCGUCAUGGUGCUUCUGGCCUCUGUGCUCUGCUUCACCUCGUCCCUGGACACAAGAUACAACGUCCAGAUAGUAGGGCUGUUGCCUGGAGGAUUGCCCCAACCCCUCCUUCCCAACUUGGCUGAGCUGCCCAGGAUUCUGGCUGACUCACUGCCCAUCGCACUGGUUACUUUUGCGGUGUCCGCCUCCCUGGCCUCCAUUUAUGCAGACAAGUAUAGCUACACUAUUGACUCCAACCAGGAGCUCCUGGCACAUGGUGCCUCCAACCUCAUCUCCUCCCUCUUCUCUUGCUUUCCCAACUCGGCUACGCUGGCCACCACCAGUCUACUAGUGGAUGCUGGUGGGAAAACACAGCUGGCAGGCCUCUUCUCCUGCAUAGUGGUUCUGUCAGUACUGCUGUGGCUGGGGCCCUUCUUUUACUAUCUGCCCAAGGCUGUCCUGGCUUGCAUCAACAUCUCCAGCAUGCGCCAGCUGUUCUUCCAGAUGCAGGAACUUCCACAACUAUGGCGCAUCAGCCGCAUGGACUUUGCUGUGUGGAUGGUCACAUGGGUGGCUGUAGUGACCCUGAGUGUGGACCUGGGCCUGGCUGUGGGUGUGGUCUUCUCCAUGAUGACUGUGGUCUGCCGCACCCAGAGGGUGCAGUGCCUGGCACUUGGACAGGCUGAGGGGACAGAGCUCUACAGGCCACUCAAAGGAAGCCACAAGCUCCUUCAGGUCCCAGGGCUCUGCAUCCUGAGCUAUCCAACACCACUCUACUUUGGGACCCGUGGGCAGUUUCGCCGCAGCCUGGAGUGGCACCUGGGGCUUGGAGAAGGAGGAACGGAGACUUCAAAGCCAGAUGGCCCAACUGUUGCAGCUGCUGAGCCUGUCAGAGUGGUGGUCCUAGACUUCAGUGGUGUCACCUUUGCAGAUGCUGCUGGGGCCAGAGAAGUGGUGCAGCUGGCCAGCCGAUGUCGAGAUGCUAGGAUCCGCCUCCUCUUGGCUCAGUGUAAUGCCUCGGUGCUGGGGACGCUGACCCAGGCAGGACUCCUGGACAGGGUGACUCCAGAUCAGCUGUUUGUGAGUGUGCAGGAUGCAGCUGCUCAUGCCCUAGGGAGCCUGCUAAGGGGACAGUAGCACCAGGAGCAGGAGCCGGGAGGUGCCAGGCUGCAGCCAAUGAGGCAGGGGUAAGUGGCUGGAGACCCAGGGAGAGGGGUUUGGGAAAGGGUCUGUGGAGAAAGAUCAAGAAGAAAAGGAUGGGGCCAGAAUGAAUAGUGGAUUGAAGACCAACUCAGGGAGCCUGGGUUGAGCUAUGGGUGAAGAACUGAAGAACUCAGAUCCCUAAGUUAGUGGGGUACCCCUGAGAGGACUGCCACAUUUCAAGGGAGAGGGGUGCUUAAUCUAUUCCUGACAUGUCUCCUCUCUUCUCCAGGAGCCCACUGACCAUAAGAUUUGUACAGUGUGGGUCUGACCUCAUCACUUGGAGUGCAGAGGGCCCCAGCGACAUGUGUGUGAUGAGGAUCAUGAGCCCUGAGCCCCCUUACCUAAUGUAACUAAUAAAAUGAAGCUGAGUGCUUUGGAAUCCA